UCAAGAGAAGUCUUGUGCUGUGGAGCUGAGUGCAGACUCUGUGAAGAAUUCUGUGAACGUUGUCAAACGUAAGGAUCUUUCAAAAUAAGAAAAACAUGAGAGCUGUUCUGCUCUUUAUUUUGGGACUUAAGCUGACCGUGGCUGAAAUCCACUCUCAUGGGUAUAUCUACACUGAAACAAAAGGCAUUCCAGGCUUUCCAGAGUUUGUGUCUGUUGGGAUGGUGGAUGGACAGCAGGUUAAUUACUUUGACACUCAAAUAAUGAAGAUGAUCCCCAGGACCGACUGGGUGAGUGGAGCUGUGGAUGCUGACUUCUGGAAUAGGAACGCACAAAUUGCUAUUGGCGCUCAUCAAGUCUACAAAAACAACAUUGAAGUGGCAAAACAACGCUUCAACCAAACCGAUGGUGUGCACACAUUCCAGAAAAUGUACGGCUGUGAAUGGGAUGAUGAGACUGGAACAACAAAUGGGUUUAGUCAGUUUGGAUAUGAUGGAGAAGACUUUCUGAAUCUGGAUUUUAAGGAUCUGAGAUAUAUUUCACCAGUGCAGCAAGGAGUCAUCACCACAGUGAAGUGGAACAAUGACAAAGCCAAGAUUGAGAAUCAGAAACAUUACUUCAACACUGAGUGCAUCGAGUGGCUGAAGAAAUACCUGCAGUUUGGGAAGAGCAGCCUGGAGAAAACAGUCUCUCCUCGGGUGUCUCUGUUGCAGAAGGAUUCCUCUUCUUCAGUCACGUGUCAUGCUACAGGUUUUUACCCCAGUGGAGUAACAAUCACCUGGAUGAAAAACGGAGAGGAGCAUCAUGAGGAUGUUGAACUGGGUGAACUUCUUCCCAAUGAGGACGGAACCUUCCAGAAGACGAGCACGCUCACAGUUUCACCUGAUGAGUGGAAGAACAACAAGUUCAGCUGUUUGGUGGAGCACAAGGGCAUCAACAAAGAAGAGAGCGAGAUCAGGACAAACUAUGGAAAUUCUCUUCCCAUUGGCAUCAUUGUUGGCGUUGUUGCUGCUGUCGUUCUGUUGGUUGGCAUGGCUGGCAUUGGUUAUAAGAUCUAUCAGAAGAAGAAGAAAGACUUCAAACCUGUCAGCGGAUCUGAUGAUGGUUCAAACAGUUCAGCUCCUGCAUAAAGAUGAGACACCAGAUGCGUGAGAGGGAUGAAGUUAACCUGCUGUCAGUCUUAUCUAUAAAAUGUCUCACGCACAGGAUCAGAUUUAUGGAUAAAUUAAAUACAAUUAAAUGUUUUUAUUAGUUUGUGGUGGGAUUGAUCUGUUUAUGAUUCUUCAUUACGUAAAUACUUCAUUAAAUGUUUUAUUCAUCUGGCAUUUAUUUUAUGAACAUUUGAGAUGUAUAAAUAUGGCACAUUGAUCUUAAGACUUAAAUGGGAAAUGUAAAUAUUUGUCUUUAUUCACAUUAAAAACAAUACAAAUGAUUAAUCUGCAGGUUUGAUUAGGUGUCAGGUCAGUUCUGACCCUGAAAAAAUAAAUCAUUAGAAAUCUGAUUAGUUUAUUAAAUUAGAAACACCCCAAUAAAAUAUUCUGUUUUUUAAUCUAAGAAGAUUUAAUUGUUUAUUUAAUACAAGUUAAUCUGGAUUUAUGGAUUAUGUGCCAUCAUGUAAUCUUCAUGUUUUAUGGGGUUCAUCGUAUUUUUCUGUCUGUAAAUUUCCUUCUUUUUGUUUUAAAUGAGUUAGUUGAUAAACUGUUCUGCAGAAUAAUAAUUGAUCAUUUUAAUUUUAACAAUGUUACUCUGUUAAACAUGAAUAUCUGUUCCUAUUAAUAACAGAACAACAAAUAUUUUCCUUUAUUUGAGGUUACAAAAUCUAAAUUCAGUGAACAUGAAUGUUUUAUUGAUCGUCUGAAAGUUUAAAUGUAAUUUUGAUUCUUUGAAAAUAAACGACCUCAGAAAGGAGAAAUUGUUGAAUGU